AUGAUCAGCAAGUCCAUGGUGACCUUUGUCGUCCUGGCAAUCUUGAGCUUGCUUGCAUCAGCUGUUUCAUCGCAGUCAGACGCCGCUAUGGAAGCUCGUCAACAGUUCAAGCGAUUUCGUGGUGAACCAAUCCGAUUUGGCAAACGUGUCCCUCGUGAGCCAAUUAGAUUCGGAAAACGAGCACCUCUGUUCGAGCCGUAUUUCGACUACUAG